UGCCGAAGGGAACCACAGUCAAAUCUGUCAAAACUUAACAUUUUCAAAAUAAUCGUAAUGUUUUUAUUUCUAUUAAAGCUUACCUAUAAAGUUAGUACAUACAAAUAAAUAAAGAUAAGAUGCCGGAAGUUAUGAUAUAUGGUAUACCUGUGAGUUUUCCUUUCGAGCCUUACGAUGUGCAAAAAGCCUACAUGGAGAAAGUCAUUGAAAGCUUACAAAAUAACACUAAUGCAUUAUUGGAGUCACCAACGGGGACCGGGAAGACUCUCAGCUUGCUGUGCUCCUCAUUGGCAUGGUUAUUGGUUAAAAAGGCUCAAUUACAAAUGAAUGCUCAACUUGGAAACUUUUCGGAACACGGCGGUUUCAGCGGCAAUUUACGAGACAACCUCAAUAAAGCAAGUGCGGGGAAAGGAAAAGAUAACAUGACAUGGGGUAUGCCUAAAAUAAUUUAUUCUUCGAGAACGCAUUCACAGCUCACUCAAGCGAUGCAAGAAUUAAAAAGGUCAAGUUACAGGCAUGUCAAAGCAUCAGUACUCGGUUCGAGAGAUCAGAUGUGUAUCCAUCCAGAGGUAUCCAAAGAGACAAAUAAUAUGAACAAAGUACAUAUGUGCCAAUUGAAGGUUAAAUCUCGUACUUGUCAUUUCUACAAUAAUGUUGAAUCAAAAAAAGACGAUAGAUCUGUAAAAGGCGAUGAGAUUUUAGACAUUGAGGAUUUAGUUACUGCAGGCAAAAAAUUAAAAUGCUGCCCAUAUUAUUUAUCUAAAGAGCUGAAACAAGAUGCAGAUAUAAUUUUCAUGCCAUACAAUUAUUUGUUAGAUCCAAAAUCUAGGAAGGCGAAUGGUGUUGAGCUGUUAAAUAACAUAAUAAUACUGGAUGAGGCACAUAAUGUAGAGAAAAUGUGUGAGGAGUCAGCUUCCUUACAGAUAAGAACAACAGAUGUUGCAUUAUGUAUAGAUGAAAUCACCCACGUCAUGAAAUCAUUUGUAGAAGGGGCUGAGGAUCAGAUGGAUGCAACCAUGGAUGCCAAUCAACCCAAAGACUUUACAUGUGAUGACUUAUGUAUAUUGAAAGAAAUGAUGCUGGCUCUAGAAAAGGCUAUAGAUGAAAUAAAUAUUGGCACAGAAGGUACCACUUAUCCUGGUGGGUUUAUAUUUGAACUGCUUGCUAAAGCAGAGAUUAAAGAUCAUAACCAAAUGUCUGUUAUAACGCUUAUUGAAAAUCUAAUUCAGUACCUUUCUACAGCAAGCGCAUCCCCAUUCCAGAGAAUAGGUAAUGGAUUGCAAAAGAUUGUUGAUCUAUUAAAUGUGGUCUUCAGUGGCACUACACAAGCCUAUAAGGAAAGAGUAAAAUUAUGUUACAAAGUCCAUAUCCAAAUAGAAGACAAAAAGAAUAAUAAAAAGACUGACAGCUGGGGUGCACUUAAAACAGCUAGUAAUAAAGCAGCUGAAAGAGUCCUGAGUUAUUGGUGUUUCAGUCCAGGAUUUGGUAUGAAACAACUGUUAGACCAAAAUGUCAAGAGCAUUAUCUUAACAAGUGGUACUUUGGCUCCAUUAAAACCUCUAAUAUCAGAGUUAGGGAUACCAAUUGGUGUGCAACUAGAAAAUCCACAUAUAGUCAAAUCAAACCAGAUUUAUGUAAAAAUAAUUAGCCAGGGACCUGAUGCUGUCAUGUUAAAUUCUAAUUAUCAAAAUCGUGAUAAUCCUAAAUAUAUAUCCUCUUUAGGCAGAACUAUAUUAAGUUUCUCCAGGGUUAUACCAGAUGGGCUUUUGGUUUUCUUUCCAUCAUAUCCCAUUAUGACAAAAUGUCAGGAAAUGUGGCAGGCUGAGGGUAUCUGGUCGAGCAUUAGCAAUAUAAAACCAAUAUUUGUAGAGCCUCAGAGAAAGGAUACUUUUAACACCAUUAUAAAUGACUAUUACAGUAAGAUAAGUGAUCGAAGCACUAAAGGAGCUUGUUUUAUGGCAGUUUGUAGAGGAAAAGUUUCAGAAGGUUUAGAUUUUGCUGAUAUGAAUGGUAGAGCUGUAAUAAUAACAGGGUUGCCCUUUCCUCCUCUUAAGGACCCAAGAAUAGUUUUAAAGAAAAAGUAUCUUGAAGAAGUUAGAGUUAAGCAGAAGGAAUAUUUGUCUGGAGAUGAAUGGUAUUCCUUAGAAGCCACUAGAGCAGUAAAUCAAGCUAUAGGAAGAGUAAUCAGGCAUCAGAAUGACUAUGGAGCCAUUCUACUCUGUGAUACUAGGUUUAAUAAUCCAAAGUUGAAAGGCCAGUUAUCUGCCUGGUUGAGAGAUUAUAUUAAUGUUUCUAAUAAGUUUGGUGAGACAGUCGGUGAGAUUUGCAGGUUUUUCAAAAAUGCUGAAAACUCUUUGCCAGCUCCCAAACUAAAACCUUUGAUGCCACAUGAACAAAUUACCACUUACAAUGAAAACAGUACAACUAGUUUAACAGGGGUGUCCUUUGCAGCGGCAAAUGUUAGAACUGUUAAUAAAAGUUUAAGUAAAAAGUCAGUUAGUCAGUAUCCUAACUCCAAUGAAGUGUAUGCAGAUUUUUCCAUGGACUUUUAUAAGAAUGCACAGUCAUCUUCAUAUGUUAAUGAGUUUAAGCCAAAGCAGACAAAAGAUCUUUUUAGUGCAUUAGACAGUAGUAGUGAUUCUACUCAAGUAGCACCACAAUCAGUGACAAUAAACAAACGGAAUGCUGAAGAAUCUAACAUUACAAUAUCUAAGAAAAAGAAAUUAAAAAUAAAGUCUUUUGGUUUUGAAGAAAAUAUGAAUACCAUCAAAAAAGAAGUUGAUGCAGUUGUGGAAGAAAGGACAGCUCCUGUGUCUCUAAUAGAUUUUGUUAAAGAAAUUAAAACAUUAUUGGAUCAAGAUAAUUAUAAGAAAUUCCAACUAGCCAUUUCUGCUUACAAAAAGGAAGGAGACUAUGAUUUGUUUCACGCUACUUUGUCUGGUUUGUUGGAAAACAGAAGAUUGUUUUAUUUAUUUAAGGGCAUGAAAAGAUUUUUAAAAGAAGACCAUAAAAGUGGUUUUCAAGAAUACUGUGAUAAUGUGAAGUUUCUAAGUUGACAAAAAUUUUAGUACAUAACAAAAUAAGUUGUAGCUAAUAAUUAUGAAGUAUGUCUUAGAUAAUAUUUUAAUAGUGACUAAGCAAUAUAAUCUCCACUACCAAUUGCACUUGGCCAGUGUGGUGGACUAUGGCUUAAACCUAUGCCAUGAAGUGAAUUGGUAAUGGGUUGAUAUGAUAUUAUACUUAUUUAUUAUUGUAUCUGUUUAUUAAUAAUUUUUUUUUUGGAAAAUUAGACUUAAAUUAUUAAUGUUUCUAUUUAUUACAAUACUUUUCAAGAAAUUUGGUUUUAUUCAAAAUUUCAGUUCUGUUAAGGAUGGAACCACAGAAUGCGCCUGAAGC